ACGGCAGCCAGCGGCGGGACGGUGUUCCGGCCCGGGUUUCGUGUCCGCUCGUCGAACAGCAGUUGAACACGCCGGACAUGGGCCAUCUUGAUGGUAUGCUAAUGGGCUGUUAGCGGACGGCACGGUGGACAGUGCAGCGCGUGGACUCGGCGGCAGCGGCGGUGGGUGGACAGUGCGGAGGAGUGGUCGGCGCGGAGGAACGCGAGGACACUGCGGACGUGACGCGUGCGCGCGCUGCGGGGACGAUGUCUGUGUAUCCUGGUCUCGGGUCGGCGCCGCAGGUGCUGCCGGCGACGCCUCCGACCACCAGCAGCUCGCCGAGUUCGCCGUGCUGCACGACGGGCCGGCCGAUCCUGGCCGACCCGAUCUCAGGUCACACGGUGUGCUCUUGCCAGCUGGACCCGGCGCGCGUGCUCAGCUACCCGCGCCUCAGCACCGCCGGCUACCCCUUCUCCGAGCAGGGCUACGUCGGCCUGCCCGACCCGGCCGCCGCCACCGCCGCGCUCUACGCCAACCUGGGAGGGGCGUACGACAUGAAGGACGCGCCCGGGACUCUGCCCGGUCUGGGGGCGCCAUCGCCCUACUACAGCCCGUACGACCCUGCCGCCGCCGCAAUGUACCCCUACACGAACGGGUACUGUGGCUUCGACUUCAACAGCGCCGCUCACCGAAAGAAUGCCACGAGAGAGGCCACGAACACCCUGAAGGCAUGGCUGAAGGAGCACAAGAAGAACCCGUACCCGACCAAGGGCGAGAAGAUCAUGCUGGCCAUCAUCACCAAGAUGACGCUGACGCAGGUCUCCACGUGGUUCGCCAACGCCCGACGGCGGUUGAAGAAGGAGAACAAGAUGACCUGGGAGCCGCGAAACCGAACCGACGACGACGACGACAAUGACGAGAACGGCAACGAGAAGAAAGAAGACUGUGAUGAAACCAAAGAUGAAGAAGCGGCCGAGGACUCGGUGCGGAUCAGCGACCGCGAGAGCUCGAGCGGCAGCAUCUCGCCAGGCGUCUCGGAGGCCGGUGAGCCAAGCACGCCCUCCAAGCCGGCGCCGGCCAGCCCGCCAGCCGCCAAGCCCGACGACACGCCCAAGCCGCGGAUCUGGUCGCUGGCCCACACGGCCAUGUCGGGCAGCGAGCGGCCGAGCCUCCUCAGCCCCUGCUUCCCGCCGCUGCCCAAGAUCUCGAGUCACGCGUCGCCACUGUACCCGUACUCGUCGGCGUUCAGCCCGCUGAAGCCGUGGCUGGGCCGGCCGUACCCUGUCAGUUCGCUGGCAGCGCUGGGCGCCAGCACUGACCCCGGCGACAGGCAGCUGACGCUGGUGGAGCUGAUCCAGUCGCGCUGUCGGGAACCGCGGGCCAGCGCUGAGCCGGGCGACAGGCAUCUGACGCUGGUGGAGCUGAUCCGGUCGCUGUUGAGAGCCACGGGCCAGCGCUGUGCCGGCGCCAGGCAGCUGACGCUAGUGGAGCUGAUCCGGUUGCUGUUGAGGGCCGCGGGCCAGCGCUGA